CCCAGCGCCUACUCCUUCCACGUCAGCGCCGACGGGCAGAUGCAGCCGGUGCCGUUCCCCCCCGACGCCCUCCUGGGCUCCGGCAUCCCCCGGCACGCGCGGCAGCUGCACAGCCUGGCCCACGGCGAGGUGGUCUGCGCCGUCACCAUCAGCAACUCCACGCGCCACGUCUACACCGGGGGCAAAGGCUGCGUCAAGGUGUGGGACGUGGGGCAGCCGGGCACCAAGACGGCCGUGGCCCAGCUGGACUGCUUGAACCGCGACAACUACAUCCGCUCCUGCAAGCUGCUCCCCGACGGCCGCAGCCUGAUCGUGGGGGGGGAGGCCAGCACCCUGUCCAUCUGGGACCUGGCGGCCCCCACGCCCCGCAUCAAGGCCGAGCUCACCUCCUCCGCCCCCGCCUGCUACGCCCUGGCCAUCAGCCCCGACGCCAAAGUCUGCUUCUCCUGCU